AUGUUUCGCAUCUUGUUCGCUUCACUGCGGCCGGGGAUGGUCGAGGUGAUGGAUGGGUGUCCUGUCCUCCCGCUCUACGACUUUCCCGGUGAUUUUCGCGUUCUGCUGCGUGUGCUUCGCAAGGGUUUAAAUUUCUAUGCGGACAAGCAGUUGCCUUUCGGUGCUGUGGCAUCGCUCGUUCGUCUAGGCAACAAAUACGGGAUAGAGGAUGUGAAAAAGGAUGGUAUCAGGCGGCUCAAAUCCUGCUUCUGCACGGAUCUUCAGGCGUUCAUGGACACCGCAUAUGGGUCUAACGCUCCUGGCAAUCCUCGUGGCAGUUUUCUUAUGAGCUACAAAUUAACCGAUGCCAUGAUCGCCAUCAAUCUCGCGCGCCUCACGGGAGAGCAUUCCAUGCUGCCCACUGCCGUGUACAUCUGUGCUGUGAAUCUGGACGAAAAUACCAUGCGCAACGGUGUCCCUUGGGAGGACUGCUCGCUUGCACUGGAUCGGCUCGAGGCUGAAGCCUGA